AUGCAAGCUCUCUAUUCAUCAUAAUCAAACAUCAUCCAAUACGCAAAGUCUAAAAUUGAAGAACAUUUUGUGGAAAUAGAAUAAAGAUUAGAAGUAAUUUUCAUUAUCUAUUAUUUUCUAACUUCUUUCCUAGAAUUGAUGAAUUAAUUGACUCAUUUGUUAAUAAAUCCUUUGGGUAUGAAUUAUGAAAAUGAAUCACUACUUGAAUUGCCUUAAUUUAUUUAAUUCCCUAUCAAUGUAUUUGACUUCUCUUAACAAAUCUUAGAGGGUGUGAAACCUUUGGUUAAUAAAGUUAAAAAAAAUGAAAUUGAAAUAAAAGACAGAAAAAUAAGUGAAGCAUUUUGUUAAUAGAAAAUAAUUGACGAAACUAUUUAAUAAAAUAAUAUCAUGAUAUAAGAGAAUGAUUCUUAAACUGAAGAAAUAAAAGAAUCUUAGACAUAAAAGAAAAUUAUUUAAGUUGAGAAUUAAUAGAAGUAAUUAGAAUAAUAAUUGAUGAUGUAUAAAUAAGUUCAAUUUAAUUUAAUUGAUGAUUCAAAUUAAUAGAAUGGAAUUUGUUUUACAAUAGUAUUCAAUAAAGAUGGAUCAAUUAUGAUUUCAAGUUGUAGUUGUGAGAUUAAAAAUAUGGGAUUUUGAAUAAGGAAGAUUUAAAUUAUCUAAUUCUUAUAAAAAACAUAGCCAGCCUGUUAGGUGUUUAGUGUAUAGCAAAAAAACAAAUAGCUUCAUUUCUAGUUGUUCCUAUCACUAAAUUAUAUGUUGGUAAUAAAUUAAUAAAAAUGAGUGGAAGUGCUGAGUAACAUGCUGGUAGUGUUAAUUGUUUAUUAUUAAAUAAAUAAGAGAAUCAACUCAUUUCAGGAGGAUAUGAUCAUAAAAUAGUAGUAUGGAAAGUAGAUUUUAUUUAGAAUGAUCUGACUUUUCUGUAUUCCUUAGAUUAACAUAGCAAUUGUGUCUUUUCACUAAGUUUUAAUUAAUCUGAAACUGUAUUUGGAUCAUGUGGUUUUCAUGAAUUCAUAAUAUGGGAGAAAGGAUUAUAAGGAAGAUGGGAAUUUAUAUAUAAAUAGAAUGUUUCAUAUGGAUAUACAAUCCAUUUCAUUAAUGAUUAACAAUUUCUUUGGGUAACUAAAUCAAAGGAUGAUAUUUUGGUAUUUGAAUUAUAGAAUGGAGUUUUUAAAUAGAAUUCAAAUAAAACUAUUUCUUUAAUUAAGAAUAAUGAAUGUGAAGAUUUUUUUUUAUUUCCAAUUAUACAUAAGAAAGAAAUGUGA